ACGAGGCUGCGAGGCUGCGAAAGUCUGCUAAAGCGGCAAGCCAGAAAGUCCCUCCAAGUUUCCAUCUGAUAAUGCGGAGAUCCUUGCGACUCUGCCACCUCAAGUCAACCACUUUUCUUCGUUUCAUGACCUGCUCGAGGGUGCUUUGAUAUCCCUUGUACUGGACGGAUACCUCGACCACCUUCGCUCCCAGAACUCCUACUCUCUGCCCCCAUGGCAUCGAACAAACCUCCGCCGCCAGGCCCCGACCAGUCUCGAAACGAAUACAUUCCCUCCUUCAUCUCAAAAAGACCCUUCUGGGCUGAAACAACCUCCGAUGCCGACUACUUGGAACAUCAGCGCCUCCAGUCAGCGCCCAAAGACACUCUCGACACCGCAAAAUGGUACGAACGGGGACGCAAAGCCGGUCCCGCCGCCACCAAGUUCCGCAAAGGCGCAUGCGAGAACUGCGGCGCCAUGACGCACAAGACGAAAGAAUGCCUGUCUCGGCCGCGCAAAACCGGCGCCCGCUGGACCGGCCGCGACAUCCAGGCCGACGAAGUCAUCGAGGACGUCAAGUUGGGCUGGGACGCCAAGCGUGACCGCUGGAACGGCUACGAUCCGCGCGAGUACACCGCCGUUGUCAAGGAAUAUGAAGAACUCGAAGCCCUCAAGAAACAAUCCUCCACCACACCCGCCGAUGGCACACCGAACGCUGACGCAAGUGGUGACUCCGACGCACGAUAUGCUGAAGAAACAGACAUGGGCCGCUCACAACCCACAUCCACGCGCCAACUGCGCCUGCGCGAGGACACGGCAAACUACCUGAAAAACCUCGACCUCGAAUCCGCCAAAUACGACCCCAAGACCCGCACAAUGGACACGUCCGCCCCCGACCCCGACGCGGUCGACGUCUCCGAUGGCUUCAUGCGGCCGAGCGACGACGCCGCCGCCGAAUUCGAGCGCGCCCAACGCUACGCCUGGGAAACCCAAGAAGCGUCUAACCCCUCGACCAAAAGACUCCAUCUCCAAGCGAACCCCACGGAAGGCGAGAUCCUGCGCAAGAAACAGACCCAAGAAUCCGCCGAGAAAAAAGCAGCCGCCCGCAAGGCCCUGCUCGAAAAGUACGGCGGCGUCGAACACAUCAAGCCCGCCGACAAGUCCAAGUCCAAUCAAGUCCUCGCCUCAGAGCGAUACGUCGAGUACGAUGAGACCGGACACAUCAAGGGCGAGCAACGAACGGUCGCACACUCAAAAUACCCAGAAGACAUCUUCUCGAACAACCACACGAGCGUCUGGGGCAGUUGGUGGCACAACUUCACGUGGGGAUAUGCAUGCUGCCACAGCACCGUCAAGAAUAGUUAUUGCACGGGCGAUGCCGGAAGGGCAGCCUUCGAGGAGGCCGAGGGCCGGAGGACGGGCGAGGCGCUUCUGCUUGACUACGGUGGAGCCGAGGACGGCACAGCGACCAAGACCGAGGCUGCGAUUGGCGACGAGAAGGAGCAGCUUCGUCUGCAGCAGGAGGGCGAGGAUAUUGCCGAGAGGAAACCCGUCGAGGAAGCAGACACGGCGAAGAAGAGGACGCCACAAACUUCGGGAACCCAAGCGAAGAAACGCACGCUGCAAGAAUUACAGGCUGGAAUUUCAGCAGAAGAACUAGAGUCUUACAAGCGCAACCGUGUGGCUGCGGAUGACCCCAUGGCUGCUUUGCUGGGGAAAGACGAACUCGUGGAGAUGCGGUGAAUCCAGAAUGAGUGCGUGACGAGACAGCCUGUUGUUCCUCUGGCAGAAGGCUUGCAACAUGUACAUUCCAGGCAUGAAUCAUCAGUCGAGCGUUCAAGCGAUCGGUAUAACAAUUUAUUUGCUUCGUUAAUGCUAAUUCUCUGGCUUUCUUAUUCGAUCCAUGGAUUUAAAUCCCAAGACUGUUCCUGUCG